AUGGAGACCCUGGAAGGAGCUGAACUCUGCUUUCCACACCUCCCCAACACCUCCUGCAGGAGGCUGAUCCGUCCUCAAUACGAGGAUGUGAUCAUUUAUGUCGUGCUGACCUCCAUCUCUCUGCUCACUGUGGCUCUCAACCUGCUGGUCAUCAUCUCCAUCUCCCACUACAGGCAGCUCCACACCCCCACCAACCUCUUCCUCCUCUCUCUGGCUGUCUCAGACCUCCUUGUGGGCCUUGUGCUGAUGCCGUUCUUCAUGCAUAACUGCUGGUUUCUGGGUGACCUCAUGUGUGCUAUUUAUAGCCUUCUGGGCUUCAUCAUUACAUCUGCUUCAGUAGGAAACAUGGUUCUCAUAUCAGUUGACCGCUAUGUGGCUAUUUGUGACCCUCUGUGUUACCCCACCAAGGUCACUCUGAGGAGAGUCAAACUCAGUGUUUGUCUGUGUUGGAUCUGCUCUGUUUUGUGGAGCAGUGUGCUCCUGAAGGAUUCCCUGAUACAACCGCGCAGGUAUAUUUCCUGCCAUGGAGACUGUGAACUGGUGGUAAAUUACAUUGCAGGAGCUGUUGACCUUGUUUUGACAUUUAUUGGUCCCAUUACUGUGAUCGUAGUUCUGUAUAUGAGAGUGUUUGUGGUGGCUGUGUCUCAGGCUCGUGCCAUGAGAUCCCACAUUGUGUCUGUCACUCUGCAGCCUUCAGGGACUUUAACUGCUAAGAAAUCUGAGAUGAAAGCAGCCAGGACUCUCGGUGUUGUCAUAGUUGUGUUUCUUAUUUGUUUUUGUCCAUAUUUCUACCCCUUUUUUGCAGGCCAAGAGACCACACAUUUAAAAAUUGUGAUCUGGAUGUUUUAUUGUAACUCCAGUUUAAACCCCUUGAUUUACUCCUUUUUCUAUCCCUGGUUUAGAAAAUCAGUCAAACUGAUUGUUACAUUACAGAUUCUGCAUUCUGAUUCCUGUGAGGCCAACAUACUGUAG